ACUGGUAUUAAAUGUGAUAAUCGCGUCAUGUGGCCGAUAUACCAAAUGGCCGAUCGCAACUCCGGGGGAGCUCUUAGAUCGAAUCUGCGGGUGACCGCCGACUUAUCGCCGUUCAUCGCAACGGGCUGAUCGCGCAAUCGAGCUCCUCGUCGGCAAGCUGCCCAAACUAUCAAACAUGUUCGGCUUAAUUGAUACCGUUCGCAUCUAUUCAUAACCCCCUCCGCAGGUUGCUGCUGUUUCGCAAGUCUUCUACACCCCGCGCAAUCUGAACACGAGCUUGUGAAGAAACAAAGAAACCAUCACUAUUAGAAAAUUCCGUGAAGAUGUCGUUCGGAAAGAUAUACACGUACCCGAAAGCACCUCGCUCGACGAUGGUGCUUUUUGUCGCUAAAUACAACAAGCUAGAUGUCGAGAUUGUCAAUGCUUUCCCCAUUAAGAUCUACACCGAAAAGGGUGGUGUUGGUGACGAGUACCUUUCCAAGUUCCACACAGGAAAGGUACCUGCCCUCGAGACAGCUGAUGGAUUCUGCGUCUAUGAGAGUAUAGCGGUGGCUUGGUACCUGGCCAAACAAGAUCCUAACACCAAACUGAUCGGAUCGAACCUCAAGGAAGAGACCACAAUCCUUCGCUGGUCAUCUUUCACCAAUUAUGAACUUCUGCCUCCGAUCAUGGCCUGGAUCAACCCUAUCAUCGGCCGAGCUCCAUCAAGCCCCGAGAUCUUGGCGAAACUGGAAGAAGGCUGCGAACUCACCAUCCGCGCAAUUGAGAAGGAGAUCAAGGGGAAGAAGUACCUUGUCGGGGACCACCUAACAUUGGCUGAUUUGUUCGUCAUCUCGGGUUUGGCGAGAGGAUAUCAAUACGUCUUUACGAAGAGUUGGGCAGAGAAACACCCUAUUCUACAUGAUUACUAUAUGAGAGUCAGAAAUGAUCCCGAUGGUAUUUUUGACAGCAUAUUAGGGAAGCAGGUCAUUCGGGAUGAAGCCGGUGGCACGUACCCUGAUUACGAUGGUCUAUGAGAUUGCAUCGGAUAGAGUCCGAAGACGUCGCAUUUGCGUACACUUACAUCUAAUGAAAUAAAUUCUUUUUUACAAUCCCUCUCUAUCACUGGAGCUUCAGACUGGAACCUCGGUAUGAUGUCUGCAUAAUGUCAAUUGUGCUGUACCGGGUUGCUGUAUCGGGGUUGAGGUUCAUAUCGCUAUAAAUCCAGAGGACUGUGCGCUGUAUUAUAGUUGACUUCAGCGCAUACCUCCUUGUACCUAGGUAGAUAUAGUGAUCGGAUCUAGCCGAUGAGAUCGCGACGCGUCGUACCACCAAGUUACAGCGCCUCGCCCCUGUAAUUAUAGUGGAUAGCUCUAUGCACUAUAAUUACAGGACAUCAUUUGCUAAUUAUGAC